GUGUGUGCGGCAAUAGCAACAAUAAUAAUAUAUUAGAUCAAUAUAUUAAUGUAUUCACGCAAUUCAGUAUUCUGUUGCUUGGCUGUGUGAAGCUGAGGGUUUACUCAUUUGACAUCUUGCUUGUGAAACAAAAAGUAAAAGUAUUUAAAUAACAUUUAUUUUUAUUAUGCCAGCAGCCCAAUGCCACAGUUUAGUGUGAACAUUUUUAUUUUUAUUUUGAAGAAUUAAACCAAUUUAUUGGCUUACAUGCACAUUGUGGCAUAGUUUCCUUUGCUGUUGCCUUCUCCUGUGAUCAGGGGCGCUGGCAGGAAUUUUGGGCCCCUAUCUUGCUAAACGUUUCCCUGCACUAAUUAAAUGUUGAUGAACUGUAGGCUAAUACUAGUCUGUAUCAAUCAGGAUCGGGGUCAUAGGUCACAUGAAGCUGGUUAUCAACUUGGUAAGUCAACCCAGGGUUUCUCGAUCCAGCCAUGAACGCGUUCACAUAAAAGGCGGAGCUAGCAGCAGACGAGCAAUCGUAAACAUGAACAAGUCUACUGGCAGCAGAGCGUCAUAUUUUACAAACAAAGAGCAAACUGUAAUAUUAGAAAGACACAAUCGAAGUAACACAGCUUUGGCUGACACAGGAAGACAGAACAUAGAUGACAGUGUGAAUGCCUAAGUGAACAGGCAUAUCCUAUAAUAUUAAUGGGUUGAUUUGAUGUGUUCUUAUGACAUUUUCAGCCUUAUUCUUUCUACUCGGCUGUGUGUCAUUGUUUCCACAUUAAAAGCCUCGGUCUCUGAAUAAGUGGUCAGGUCACUUUAAGAAUGUCUCGUCACUUCAAACAUCAGAUUAAUUUAUUUAACUCACAAAAAUGUUCCAAACAUUGUUCAAAUUAACUUCAUAAAGCAACAAAAUGAAAAGUCCAUUCAUGCCAUAAAAAGUAAUAAAAUGUGCUCCAACAGUGGUUGAAAGACUGAAUCUCAACAUUUAGGCUUCUGAAAACUCCCCCACAUUAAGAAACACACUCAUAUUAAAAUUUAUUUCAAUAUUCCUACCAAACUAUGCGCUCAUAAUAUUCAGCAUCACAUAAAAAAAUGAAUCCAUGAACCCAUUUAUUUUAACGGCUGCGACAGGCUGUGUGAAAUAUUAAAAAGCGGUGAGUAGGCUUACUGUCACAUCUUAAAAACCUACAAGUAGUAGCCUACAAGGCUUUUGUCCCUUAUAAUUAUGAAGAACAAAUAAUAACACAAAUAUAAAUAAAUUCAGAAAGAAAUAUAUAAAUACACAAAUAUAAAUCCAUUUUGGUAAUAAAAGCUAUUUCUCUAUGUUUAUAUUAAUUAAUUUAUUCAUUUUUUCUCCUUUAUAACAGUGAAGACAAAGCAUCAAAAAGCAGCUUGUCCCUGGACUUUGAAUUACAUAUUAUUAUUGUAUAAUUAUAAAUAUAAUUAAUAAUACACCAUCCAAAGACAUGCAGGCUAUAGUUAAUUGGUGUCUCUAAAAAUUGUCCUUAGGUGUGACUGUGAUUGGUUGUUUGUCUAUGUGUGUCCCUGCGACGGACUGGCGACCUGUCCAGGGUGUACCCCGCUUUUCGCCCGAUGUAAGCUGGGAUUGACUCAUGCCCCUCGCAACCCUGUACUCAGGAUAAACGGUUGAUGAUGGAUAGAUGGAUGGAUGGCAGCAGUCAGUGGGGACUUGGCAUGGGAAAAUGCUGAAUGAGCGGAUAUGCUGAAAAACAUUAAGUUGAAGCAACAGACAGCAUCGCUGAGUGACAGUAUACAUACAGACAGUAUGAAAAAAAUACAUGCUUUAAUGUUCAAAAAACAUCAUCUUUUGAAGAUUAAAGCAUGUACACAUUUUAUAUUAGAAACCCAAAAUACAACUAUGCACCUGAAAAUGAGCUUAAUAUGGGACCUUUAAGUUCGACUAUGUUGUGUAAGAGGGUCCAACUGCAGACCUUCACAGUCAGGACGGUCAGGACAGGAAAUACAUGCAAAAAAUACAAAAUACAAUUGUGCGAUUUGAUAGGAAACGCAUUCAAAAGUUAUAAAUUUUAGUCAUGUAGACACUUAGGCUAUAGGGGGAGGGAUUUUGUCGUUGAUUUAUAUUUAAUUAAUUAGUCAAAAUUGUAACGUGAAACUAGCAGGCUAAUUCCUUAAAUAUAACCUAUUGAUUUGAGCCUAUUCUAUCUAGCACUUAACGUGCCAGUGUAGCAACAAAGCUGACUGCAUAUCGCUUCAAUUAUUCAACUAGUAACAGGAUCUUUUUUUACAGGCACUAUUUAUUUAUUCUGUCAAAAUAGGACGUUAACCCUGUCCAUACAACUAGCCACGUCCAUUCACAGAAAAACAUAUCGUCGUUGAUUAAGAGUGUAACUUUCUUCUUUCUAACUCUCUUCCAGUCUUAAAAACCAGACACACACUUCUCAUUCAUAAUUUCCCUUUGAAGAGUAAUAUGCUUUGGUAUUUUACUGCUAUCAGCUGAAUUUAAUAGGAUAAACACACAUGCAAUACAACAUGUAUACCUGUAUUGAUAAUUUUGUAAAUAUCCACCUUUUAGUUAGUUAGGUUAGUUGCCUAAUGUAAUACUUUUACUUUAUUCACUGUGUUCACACAGAUUACACAAUUACAAGAGGAGUUGGCAGCAGUGACUGAUUUGCAUUAUGCAAAACAUUAAAAAAAAGUCUGAAUGCAUGGGUCUUGGCAUGCAAAAUGUCUACCACUUUCAAUAUUUGUACAUCCAAAUCACGCAAAUUAGGAUAUGCCAACAGUGGCUUUGGUGAGGAGGAGUUUCUUUCUGUGGAUAACUGUUAUAUAAACAGUGUUAUAUAACUGUUUAUGUGUUAAAUCUCUCCCUGCUCCAAAACAGCUGAUUCAAAAUAUCAACUGGUUAUGAAUACUGAAACUGCUUUAACAGCUGUGUUGAAGCAGGGAGAGAUUAAAUCAUGCAGGACAGGUGGUAACUUUCUUCAGGAAAGGGUUGGGAAACACUGUCGUAGUACAUAAACUUCAAUUCAACUAAGAUGAAUUCAUAGAGCCAGCAAAGUCUUUGUACGCUGUUUGAGACACCGAACGGUCUAAACGAUAUAGAUCUUUAAUUUAUCUUCUUUUGGACAAAUACUAACCUGAGUGUCAUAGUCAACAUAUUAAGACAAAUGCAGACCUAUGCCCUUGCUAAAUGCUUUAUAAAAAAAUGUUUUAUAAAGCCGAACACACAGUAGCUUGAGCUUAAACCAUGAUGUUUGGGUGUACUGUAAGAAAUCUUGACAGUCUAAUACAUCUGAUAUACUAUUUUGUGUUCAACAUACUGAACUUCUGGGUGAAUCUGGAAGCUGUGUAACACAUUUUGGGGUCAUCAGAUCCUGUUUAGGGCUCCUUAGAAAGGAGAACUAAUGUGUCCUGAGAUGUAAAGCUUGUUGUAAUGAAUGAGUGCAGCUCUCUCAGCAUGUUGUUGUGUUUGUGUGAAGGUGUGGGCUCUGCUAUGAAUCAGUGUGAGGACAGAGAGGAGGGAGUCCCUCCCUCUAAAAGCACUCUGUGUGGGGAACAUGACAGCCAGACCAAAGCUCAGAGCCCAGAGCAGCAGCAGGGACCAGACUCUGCUGAACCUGGACCCAGCUGUGUGUCCAUCAAGAGUGACCGGUCUAUGGGCCAACCUAUUAACUUCAAAGGUGGACACCACUCUGCUGAUCAAAGAGUUGAUCAGCAGAGCUCAGAGGUUUCCAGUGGUCAGUCUGCACAGCAGCAUCAAACGGACCUGGACUCCAUAUUUAUGCUGCUCCAGGAAAACAUUGUCAGGUUUGUGAAGAACGAGGUGAAGAAGUUCCAGAGAGUUCUGAGUCCAGAUUACCCAGAAUGCUUAGAGAGGGAGGAUGAGGAGGUGUUGGAGGGUGAGGAGGAGGAGCAGAGGAGGAGCAGCAGAGAGGCAUUUCUGAAGAUCACACUGCACUUCCUGAGGAGAAUGAAGCAGGAGGAGCUGGCUGAGCGUCUGCAGAGCAAAACUGCUGUUGCUGCAGUUUGUCGACGUAAACUCAAGUCUGAACUGAAGAAGAAAUUCCAGUGUGUGUUUGAGGGGAUUGCUAAAGCAGGAAACCCAACCCUUCUGAACCAGAUCUACACAGAGCUCUACAUCACAGAGGGAGGGACUGCAGAGGUAAAUGAUGAACAUGAGGUCAGACAGAUUGAAACAGCAUCCAGGAAACCAGACAGACCAGAAAUAACCAUCAGACAAGAAGACAUCUUUAAAGCCUCACCUGGAAGAGAUGAACCAAUCAGAACAGUGAUGACAAAGGGAGUGGCUGGCAUUGGGAAAACAGUCUUAGCACAGAAGUUCACUCUGGACUGGGCUGAAGACAAAGCCAACCAGGACAUACAGUUCACAUUUCCAUUCACUUUCAGAGAGCUGAAUGUACUGAAAGAGAAAAAGUACAGCUUGGUGGAACUUGUUCACCACUUCUUUACUGAAACCAAAGAAGCAGGAAUCUGUAGCUUUGAAGAGUUCCAGGUUGUGUUCAUCUUUGACGGUCUGGAUGAGUGUCGACUUCCUCUGGACUUCCACAGCAAUGAGGUCCUGACUGAUGUUAGAGAGUCCACCUCAGUGGAUGUGCUGCUGACAAACCUCAUCAGGGGGAACCUGCUUCCCUCUGCUCGCCUCUGGAUAACCACACGACCUGCAGCAGCCAAUCAGAUCCCUCCUGAGUGUGUUGACAUGGUGACAGAGGUCAGAGGGUUCACUGACCCACAGAAGGAGGAGUACUUCAGGAAGAGAUUCAGUGAUGAGGAGCAGGCCAGCAGAAUCAUCUCCAACAUCAAGACAUCACGAAGCCUCCACAUCAUGUGCCACAUCCCAGUCUUCUGCUGGAUCAGUGCUACAGUUCUGGAGGAGGUGCUGAAGACCAGAGAGGGAGGAGAGCUGCCCAAGACCCUGACUGAGAUGUACAUCCACUUCCUGGUUGUUCAGUCCAAAGUGAAGAACGUCAAGUAUGAUGGAGGAGCUGAGACAGAUCAGCACUGGAGUCCAGAGAGCGGGAAGAUGAUUGAGUCUCUGGGAAAACUGGCUUUUGAGCAGCUGCAGAAAGGAAACCUGAUCUUCUAUGAAUCAGACCUGACAGAGUGUGGCAUCGAUAUCAGAGCAGCCUCAGUGUACUCAGGAGUGUUCACACAGAUCUUUAAAGAGGAGAGAGGGCUGUACCAGGACAAGGUGUUCUGCUUCAUCCAUCUGAGCGUUCAGGAGUUUCUGGCUGCUCUUCAUGUCCAUCUGACAUUCAUCAACUCUGGUGUCAAUCUGCUGGCAGAAGAACAAUCAACCUCCCAGCUGUCUAAAGUCUUCAGAGACAAACCUAAACUAACACAUCUCUACCAGAGUGCUGUGGACAAGGCCUUACAGAGUUCAAAUGGACAACUUGACUUGUUCCUCCGCUUCCUCCUGGGUCUUUCAAUGAAGACCAAUCAGACUCUCCUACGAGGUCUGCUGACACAGACAGGAAGUUGCUCAAAAAACAAUCAGGAAACAGUCAAGUACAUCAAGAAGAAGAUCAGUGAGAAUCUGUCUCCAGAGAGAAGCAUCAAUCUCUUCCACUGUCUGAACGAACUGAAUGAUCGUUCUCUAGUGGAGGAGAUCCAACAGUCCCUGAGUUCAGGAAGUCUCUCCACAGAUAAACUCUCUCCUGCUCAGUGGUCAGCUCUGGUCUUCAUCUUACUGUCAUCAGAAAAAGAUCUGGACGUGUUUGACCUGAAGAAAUACUCUGCUUCAGAGGAGGCUCUUCUGAGACUGCUGCCAGUGGUCAAAGCCUCAAACAAAGCUCUGCUGUCUGACUGUAACCUCACAGGGAGAAGCUGUGAAGCUCUGUCCUCAGUUCUCAGCUCCCAGUCCUCUAGUCUGAGAGAGCUGGACCUUAGUAACAACAACCUGCAGGAUUCAGGAGUGAAGCUGCUGUCUGCUGGACUGAAGAGUCCACACUGGAAACUGGAAACUCUGAGGCUGUCAGGCUGUCUGAUCACAGAGGAAGGCUGUGCUUCUCUGGCCUCAGCUCUGAGCUCCAACCCCUCCCAUCUGAGAGAGCUGGACCUGAGUUACAAUCAUCCAGGAGACUCAGGGGUGAAGCUGCUGUCUGCUAGACUGGGGGAUCCACACUGGAGACUGGACACUCUCAGGGUGGACCAUGGUGGAGAGCAGAGGUUAAAACCUGAUGUGAGGAAGUAUCUCUGUGAACUCACACUGGACACAAACACAGCACACAGAAACCUCAAACUGUCUGACAACAACAGGAAGGUGACACGGGUGGAGGAGGAGGAGCCAUACCCUGAUCAUCCAGAGAGAUUUGACUACUACGCUCAGCUGCUGUGUGGAAAUGUUCUGACUGGUCGUUGUUACUGGGAGGUCGAGUGGAGAGGAGGAGUUUAUAUAUCAGUAAGUUACGGAGGAAUCAGAAGGAGAGGAAACAUUACUGACUGUGUGUUUGGAAGAAAUGAUCAGUCCUGGAGUCUGAGCUGCUCUGGUGUAUGUUACUCUGUCUGGCACAAUAACAGAGUAACAUUCCUCACUCCACCCUCCUCCUCUAACAGAGCAGCAGUGUAUGUGAACUAUCCUGCUGGCACUCUGUCCUUCUACAGAGUCUCCUCUGACACAUUGAUCCACCUCCACACCUUCAACACCACAUUCACUGAACCUCUUUAUCCUGGGUUUGGGUUCUGUAAUGACUCCUCAGUGUCUCUGUGUUCUGUGUAGGAGGGAGACAACUUCCAGUCCUGUGGUUUAAAUGUUGGUGGUGGACGAGGCUUCACUUUGGUUAACAUCUGGCUCACUGAUUGUGCCUUUAAUGUCAUAAAUGUGUUUCCUUAGAAAUGGUGAAAUGAUCUCCUCAAGGCUGAAUUUGUUGUGUACAAACUGUGUUGACUGAUUUUCACUUUAAUAAAGUUUUCUUGGAGCAGCAUCUAGUAGCUGCUGAUGGCUGCAGAGCUUCUCAUUCACUUCAAUAAAGGUUUGAAGACAAAAACUCAA